AUGCCUGCUGUGCUAUCUACCACCGCCUCGCCCGGCCUCGUUAUGUUCCUUCGCAUUAUGGCCGCGGUAUUCGCCCUCUUCGUUGUCUGCUUUGUGGCCUUGAUUAUUGGAUGGAGUCUGUAUCGCAAGCACGCCUCUCGUCGUACACGUCCGGUUGGUGAAGAUGGAUCGAAUCCCGUUCCUCCUGAGGCUGACAACGGAGAAUCUGUCAUUGGGUUCCCUGAUCUGGCUCCAAAGAGCCCAACCUUGCCCGCUGUAAGGUCGGUGGAUGAUUCGGAGAAGCUAUCUGCGACCUUUACUGUCACCGACUCCUUUCAAAUGGGAAAUAAUAAGCCAUCGGUCGAUAAAACACCAUCAAAGCCGUUUAUUCCUUACCGUGCCCCUCUCCAGGCAUCUCGCUCGCCUAACCUGAAGCACGCUCGCAAUGGGAAUGACCCGCAGCUACAAUCGAUCCCCCCUAUCAAGAUAUCAAUCUGGGCUCGUUAUAUUCCUCGCAACCCAUCACCUCUCGGACCUUAUGAUCGUCGCGGACGUGUCUUUACGCGUGGCCCGGCACCUACUCGUUCGAGGUCGUGCAAAGAAAAUACGCCUAAGCAACACCCUAUGAUGAAGUCUCGCGUUUUCGCUCUUCGAUAUGCCCCAGCAUAA